GUUCAAGGCUUUCUAGGUUUCAGCGGUAUUCUAAGAACGAUCAGUUCGUGACAUAAACUCUGAAUUCCACUAUCCUCAUAGGCUGACAACUAAAUUUUGUGGCGGGUAGUACGUCAUUCGAGGUCAUUAUGUCCAAUGUAAAACCGAAGAGUGUGUCGGAUAUAUUUUGUGAUGCACAUGCUUUGCAUGUAGUUGACACAAGCAGAGCCAAAGACGGAGUUUGGUUAGUCAAAGUUCCAAAAUAUUUGGCUGAACUUUGGCAUAAUGCUGGUCCUGAUGGUGUAGUUGGCAAAGUUGUGAUCGCAAGUUCAACUAGUGCAUCUCAGAAUGGUAACAAAGGCCCAGGGUCACAAGUCACUCUUGUUACUGAUUCAGAACUAUUAAAUCAAGUCGGAGAGUCCGGAAAUCUGAUACCAAAGGAACAUCAGUUUCUGAUUCAAACUUCUGCAUCAUCAAAUAGUACACCUGGGACUGCUCGCCCAGGUCAAACUACUCCAAGUUCGACAGUUCAAAGGCGUCCUGGGACUAUAUCUGGACAAGAACUCAUAAUUUUAUGUGAAGACGACCUUGGAUGUGCUCAAACCAACUCGUUUCCAUCUUCGACGACCAACACAACUUUAAUUUCCUCUGCAGCCCCACAUUCUCCAUUCUCAAAUAAACCGUACGCUCGUUACUCUCGGCGACUAUCUUUGUUUGGUCGUGUUAACAGUAGAGCUGAAUGCAGACCACCACCCAAUACAAGAUAUAUGAUGCUCAAAGCUCAACAGGUAAAAAUCUUUGAUUUUAUCUAGAGGCUUAUGUAGGUUCAUAAAAUAUUUCCUAAUCUUGAAUGUCCUAUUUUGUACCCAUCCUAGUUCUAGAAAUACUCAACCCUCACUCUUGUCCUAGUUUUAUAUUUCUUUUAUUUCCUCAAGCUCAAAGCAAAGAAUCGACCGCGACAUGAAGUCUGUCUCCUUUAUGAACCAGUAAGAAAUUACAAACCAGUUUCCAAUCAUGUCAACAAUGUAAGUAUAUUUUCUUUAUUUCAUUCAUGUUACCGUCCAUUUUCUUUGCAACUUACUAUUCAUUGUUGAAACAAAGUAUUAUUAUGGUAUAGUGAUAUAUAUAUUGAACUCGAAUAUUAUCUCAACCUAACAUAGAUAUAACAACGGUAGUUUUGCGAUGUCAGUGUUACGUCUUCCUCCCAUUAUUCUCGUAAACAGGUAGUGUAAUUUAACCGACACUUAGCAAAAUUUUCAGAUUCAUAACCGCUGACUUAAUUUCUCACUGGUAUCCAUAAUAACUUACAAAUUUGUUGAUUUCAUGCUUAAAUUCCAUCUGCUACUUGGUUUAUAUUAUGGUGCUUCCAAUUUCGACUUAGGACUGAUACGCAUAGCUCGUGAAAUAUAUCCACUUCAGUUUAUGUGACGACUAGAAACAAGACUGAUUCGUGGGGGUUGUGACUUGGCCUAAAUGCUAAUGGCUGCUGCUGGUAUGACUGGUUAAUAAGUGUCACCUCACUAUUUCAAGUAAUAAAUUGAUAAACCAUAGAUAACAGCUUGCUUUAUGUUACAAAUCCACUUUUACCCUGAUUAAUCAAAGGAAUAGUCUUUUUAGACUUGUUUACUCUGUUAUAGAUUGCUGACCUUAUACUCUCUAUACUUUUGUCCACCUGAAAUCUCACUGGAAACUUUACAUUAUUAACCACCGUCUAUAAUAUCAACAAAUUCGUUUGCGUUUGUAUAUUAAUGUAUUUUAAUCACUGCUAAGUUUCCGCUGACUGCUUUGCAUUAAAAUCAUUAAAUAUUUGUUUUCUAGAUCGAGUAUGAAAAUCGGAAAAAGGUUGAGGGUAAAAAUCUUAGACGUGAAAAAGAAGACGUUUUGCAGGAUUUGUUCAAAGCUUUCGAAAGACACCAAUAUUACUCUAUUAAAGAUUUGGUUGUACUUACUAAGCAACCAUUGGUAAGCAUCUACAUAAUUUGCUCUCUAUAUCUUUGUUAGUUUCAGUUAGUUUUAAUCAUAAUCCUGAUCAAAUUCGAAAUACUUUGAUACCGUAGAAUCUACUAACACGUAUCACGUUCGAUGAUUGGUCGUAUAUGUCUCAUCGUCGUUUACUUAUAACUAGUCAAAAUCCUCAGUAAUUAUUGGUUAAAACUGUGUUUAUUAUAUCCAUUAUUUUUAGAUGUUAGAUUAAUUCUGUCAAUUUAUUGUACAUAUAAUCACUGAUAUGUUUUUCACCCUUAACCUUCUCUUGUUUAUCUUGCGUUUACAAGCAAAAGCACCAUCAUAAAAAUGAAUUUCUGUCGAUAACCAUGACGGGAUUCAAGAAAGGAAGAACAAGAAAACAGCAAUUAACAGCAGCCGAACAGCAAUAGAGGAAGUCAAGGCAUAAUCUGGACACACCAAAGCAAACAAGCAAGUGAAAAGAAGAAUUAGAGCUGACAAACAGAAAUACGCAGAAGACCUGGCAGCGACAGCGGAAGAAGUUGCUAAGGGAGAGAAUAUGAGACAACCAUAUGACGAAACGAAGAAACGAGCAGGGAAAUAUAGUUAACCAGAGCAACCAGUCAAGGACAAAGAAUGCAAACCAAUCACUGAGGUUCAAAAACAGAAGAAAAGUUGGUAGAGCACUUUGAAGAACUCUUGAAUAGUCCAGCCCCACUGAACCCACCGGACAUCGAAGCAUUACACACAAACCUCCCUAUAGCUGUUAGUAACAACGACCAAAGAAAUUAGGAGUGAAAAAGCAGCAGGACCUGACAACAUACUAGCCGAAGCAGUGAAGUCAUAUCAGGCGGGCUGUUUGAAUAUCUGGGCCUACCUGUCUCUGCCAUCAAGAUAUUUCAACAAGUUAUCUGUUUUCUUGUUUUUCUUAACACAUCAUUAUGCCCGUUAGUCUCAUAACCUAUUCAGGUGUGUUUGUGAAAAGUUUACUGCAUUUCGCUGUACAACUUACGAAAGAGCCUAAUCAGAGACACCGUGGUUGUUGGCAAUAUGCUUCGAAAAGAAUAUACAUGAUUCAAAUGUCGAUUCCUGCUAACAUCUAACUGGCGACCACUCAAUAUUUAUCGCAAGGAUCGGUCAAGAAAUAAGAAAAGGAAACUUGUUGAAAUACUGUGCUGAGAAUUCUAUACUGUACCAAAAAUAUAAUAUUGAAUAAACGUUUCUAACAAUGUAUCAAUAAACCGACUGAAGGAUUCAGUAGACAUACAGCUUCGAGAUCAACAGGCCGGAUUCCGUAAGGGUCAGUUAUGCACAGACCAAAUCGCAACACCAGAGGUCAUCGUUAAACAACCAGUUAAAUAGAACUCGUCAUUGUGCAUCAACUUUCUUGACUUGAGUGCUGUUAGAGGUAUGAGGGUGGUUAUCACUUCCCGGUUGCCGACACCGUGGAAGGGUUCUUCCGAAGGUACCUGAGAAGAAAAUUGGAUUAGAGGUGGCCUUAGUGACCUGAGAGCGUGACCGCAGUGCCCAAGGGACAACUGCUUGAGGUCGAUCACACACGACCUUUUUAUGAGUAAUUUUUGUGUUAGCUCGUACUUGUUGAGACCCUACCGCGGGGUACGGAUAAGGCGAGGUGUGCAUUUUUGGGGUCGACCUUUUCUAACUCCACCCCUCCUUGUGGAAAGGCAGCAUCGCUGUCAUGUUGAUUGUCUGAAGAAAAUACCUCACUGCUAUCACACCUCUGUACAGUCAGCAGUACGACUUCGCCUUCGGACCUUAGGUUUGUUGCUUUUAGUCUUACCGCUCUUCAACCGACCUGUCUGACAUGGUAGGGCCUUGAGUAACGGUUGUUCCAAUCAGUAUAGCUCGGUUGCUUCAUCACGAUAGGCAAGCCCGACCACCACGCCAAGGUAGCACCAACAGUCGGUGUCCAUCUUGUUGUGUUAAUGAGGUAUGGCAACUUGGACCGAUGCAUAUGUGUGCCUGGUCCUACGUUGUAGCUGACUGACUGACUUCCUUGACUGUGCGAAGGAGUUCGACAGUAUGGAUAGGAGAAACUUAUGGAACCUUCUUCGACACAGGUGUAACUGAGAAGUUCGUCAAAAUCAUCUGAAAUUCAUUCUCUUCUGGUGGUUGACUGAACUAUAAAGAUCACAUCUGAGGGUAAGCACGUAAUAUAAUGAACAGCUUGCAUGAAACUAGACGAUUUGGACUUCUCAGAUGGCCUAGCCCUUCUAUUCCAUACACUCCAAUAGAUGCAGGUCAAGGUAACCAAUGUAGCGUAUGCCUCUGCAUCAGUAAAUCUCAACGUACACAAGGGAAGAAGCAAGAUUAACGUUAGAUCCACAUCUGAUUGACGCAAUGAAAAUUGAAACAUAAAGUAAGACUAACUCCACAACAUAACGCCUUUGAUGUAGAUGCAAGGUAUUUAAUUUGUUUUGAAAUCUAGGCCUGUCGUUCAUGUACCCUCACAUUAGCAAAUAUUAAUCUGGAAAUAUUCACGCAACCAAUUAAUUUGUUUCGUUAGUUUUCUAUAAACUAAAAUAUUUAAUUUCAGUUUUCCAUGUUUAUGAUAUAUCCUUUUUUUAUUUUCAGGCCUAUCUUACAGAGAUACUAAAGGAAAUUGCUAUCUUCAACACUCACAUUCCACACAAAAAUAUGUGGGAGCUGAAACCUGAAUACAGACAUUACACACAGCCUGAAACUAAGACUGAAUCUAACAUGGAAUAAACCAUGUAAACGUACACCAAUUUGUAAAUUAAUAAAGGCGUUCCUUCCUG